AGAGAGAGAGAGAGAGUCAGGGAUAGAACAAGCAGGUUUACUUAUUUGAAUCUGUUCGUCUUAUUGAACAGGCAGCUUGAUGUUAUUUAUAUCUUGUAGUGAAUACAUUUAGAAGUUGAACCUAUAGAGGAGAAAGAUCCAGAAAAAUUAGAACACAAAAAGUUAUCAUCUGGUGAAAAUGAACAGUAUGGGUGCUCAGGCUGUGCUCGCCGUCCUGCUCCUCACCAUCGGCACUGUGGAGGCUGCUGACGUUGAAGGAGGAGUAUCUUUCUGGAGAGGUGAAUUCACAAUGACCUGUCCAGGUGACAGCAACUGGAAAUGGUACAGGAAUGGAGAAGAAGUAGGAAACCAGAGCUCCCAGUCUUAUACACUUCCCUAUAGUGGCGAUACCAAAGGCCUUUACUACUGUAAAUAUAACUUUGGUGAAGACCAGGGCCUCAAAUAUUAUUUCUAUGUGGAGGGAAAGGUCUGCGAAAACUGCUUUGAGGUGAAUGUGUUUUUGCUCGGGGUGGUCAUCUUUGCAGACUUGAUCUUCACAGUAUUCGUGAUGAUGACAAUCUACCGGUGCACCAAGAAGAAAAGUCCACCUGCACCUGUACCUCAUUCUUCCAAAGCUCCCCCUCGUUCUGGAGGCCGGGGUCCAAAUGCCUCAACUUCAGCUUCAGCUUAUGAGACUCUGGCCCCUCAAACCCGCGCUGAUGAUACUUACUCCAAAAUCAACAGGAAAAAAUAGAGAGGAGUCACAUGACUGUACCAGGUCACAGGCUUAAACGCUGCACGGAUGAAGGCAAUCAUACAUGACCAACAAUCACUCUCACAAUAGCAUGGAAACUCUGGCUUUUGCUUUUAUGGAUUUAAAGGAUGGAAUCACCCACAUGGCAAAAAAGUUUUUUUU